AUGGCUGCUCUUGUUACCAUGAAUCUAACGUCGAUAUCUGUGGGUCAUAGACCUUCUCCACUCCUCUCUGUACCCACUGGAGUAAUGGAGAUGAUCACCACUUUUGCAGAUGACGCUUUUUCUGAAGAGUGCCCAUUGUCGAAGCUCCGCCUUACUUGCAAACAGCUUCGAGAUCAAACAUGGAUCGAGUUGUGGAGACUCUUGCGAAAAGGAAUAGCUAUGGCUUUGUUAGAACCCGACAAACUAUUCAAAGUUCACCAAACACCCGAGGAAAGAGUCGAGGAGGCUGCCAAGAUUCUUACUGGCAAGAUACUAGAAAACCUGCUUGAAUUAGCCGACGAAAGUGGUUGUAAAGUCCAAGGUAUCGAAACACACGACUUCAGUGACACGAGCCUGUACGAUCGUAGUUGGCAUGAUCCUCUCGAAAUCAAUCACCGACUGAUCUCUAAUCUGACCACUGCUCGGUUUAGGGGUUGUAUCUCCAGAGUUCGUUCGGAUGGCUCGAUAGCUUUGCUGAAGCUCAUAGACAAAGCGAAAAAGCUCUCUUCUCUGAGCUUGGGAAAUUACAUUAUCCCCAACUUAACGUGUACAGAUUACAUUCGCGGUGAUGUUCUCCUGGGCCAGAUCCGACUUCCUGCUCUUGAGGUUCUGGAUCUAAAUGGAAUGCUGGUGCCAGUUGAGAAGCUUCAGGAGUUCCUGAUAGAGCAUAAGCAUACACUCCAGCAAGUCCAUCUCCAAAACCUUCUCGUCAGCCUUCCUGCAUCAAGCGAGACAUCUCUCAGCAGGAUCAUGGCCUGGACUCGCGAUAACAUUGCACUAAACAGCGUCACCUUGGGAGACAUUCGUGUAAUCUUGGACAAUGAUUGGCGAGCUUUAACAAUAAACCGACCUGGAGUGCCGUGGCACAGUGGAGUCACUGAUCUUGAGGGAUCUGUUGCAGUCAGAGCUUGCUUGAACGAGUUGUGCGAUCAACACAAGAGUUCAAAAAAGCUGUUCACGUUUAUAUUGAGCUUUGCUCGGUCUCAUAUUAUAACCACAAAUUGGGGUUGUGGCCCAAGGGUGGCACCGCUGGGCAGACUGGAUUGGUCAGGCUCGAUUGUUGCAGUCACUGUUCCCAUCGCUUUGUUUUCAUCCUAUUCAGCCUCGCAGUUCUUGGAGCACCUCUUCUUUGCUUCAUCACGCAAGGAUUGUUUGAAAAUAUUUCUUCCACCUGAUCGCGUUUUCAUCCUUCCGAUCUGCGGAGCCUUCCUCUGCACCACUUGUUUAUUCACAACUCCACUUCAACAUCCUCAGCUGGCACACCUGCAACUCUGCAGUAUUCUCAUCACGCCAACGCGCACCUUGAUCAUCACAAGUCAUCCCCGCGCAUAUUUUACUGUUCAUCACUCGGAAGUGAUCCGCGCCAGCGCAAACACAAUCUUACUACAUCGACACGCCGCUUCAACUGUUGCGCAUCCAGACACAAUGUCGGACACUACGAGACCGGCCCCUAAUUUGCUGUCGAUGCCCAAUGAGAUCUUGACAAAGAUCUGUACCUUCGCUGUCGACGACCAUCGCGAAAGAAGAUACUCGGAUGGGAAAGUAUGGCUGACAUCCGCCCGUCUCGCUUGCAAACAUCUUUACAUACCUGCUACGCUCGAAUUCGGCAAAAGAUUUUUUCGAGACCCCUUUGUCAUGAUGACCAAAUACAGCCUUGGAGCACUAAUCGAGAUCUGCGCACAUCCUCUUUUCGGACCUCGUGUUAGCGGUAUCUCAGUCGACGCGUAUCGCUUAGACGAAUAUGGUCCUACAUGGAUGUAUCAACAGCUUACAAAUUCGGUCCAGGCCAGAGACAUUGAGGAGAUGGAUUCUGCAGAACAUGACCUACAAGAGUAUCUGGACGCCUACAGAGAAGAGUUCCAUUUAGAUGACCAUGGUAGUGCUGCAAAACUCAUAGCCGAGGCGUUGAGAUUGAUCAAACAACACAACAAGCCUGUCAGCAUGGCUCUGAUGGCGACCACUCAUAUGCUACCCAUUGGCCACAACAGGGGAUGGGGCAACGGUUUGAAUUACCAGUUCAAGAAAACGUUCCGUACACUGCUCGUUGCCGCCCAGCGCAGCCAAUGCAGGAUCAAUAAGUUCAUCUGUCAGAUCCCUGACGAUCAGGUCACGGAUCCCAAUCCUGAUAUUGACAUUGCUGAGAUUGCCAAAAACACUGCUGCAUUUGCUGUGUUGGAGUGUAUGCAGCUUCUAAUUGGCAGCUAUGUGCCUGAGUAUACUGCCGGCAUCUGCGGUGCGCUCAGACUAGCAGAGAACCUCUCGGAGCUGGAACUCCACACUACAGAAUACCCUGAUAUCAGUCCAGAAGUAUACCACGCCACAGAGUCGUGUCAAACAACCGAAGCAAUACUCGGAUCCUUACGGUCUAGUUCUUUACGCCGAGUUCACUUGAAUUCACUGGUCUGUAAGCCAGAGCUUCUCAAGAACUUCCUGCUCGAGCAUCGCCGAACCCUAAAAGAGCUGUUGCUCGAGUCCGUCGGACUGAUUGGGGCUUGGGCUGAAAUUGUCGAGUGUAUCCGAGACAACCUCAGCCUUCGGAUGUUCUCACUUCGUGGCCCAUGGUAUAUGGAUGUAAGCGAGUUCGAAGCCGAGGACUCUGACGGGUCUAUUCAAUACUGGUCAGGUUGCGGCUCGUGGAAUAGCCCUGAUGAUGUUCGCGUUGGUCUGGAUCAGCUACUGCAGAGCAAGAGAGAGGAAGAUGGAGAGCAUUAUCAGGGAGAGCUUUGA